ACCUGCGCUGGCGACGUCAGGUCCAGGCGGCCGGGGCAGGAGGCACGGGCCCACAGUGCGCGUGCGCUUGCGGGAAACCCGCCCCUUCCCGGGCCGCUGCUCCGUUGCCCCGGGGUCGCCGCGGGCUGGGAAGGGGAGCCGCGUGCCGCUACAGCGUCAGGUGAGGGGGCGCGCGACCCAAGGUCACCGGGCCGUGCGGGCGGGUUAAGGGCACAGCCCUAACCCCGGCUCGCACCGAGAAGGACGCGCUUCCUGGCGGGGGUUGGGAGACGCGGAAACCACACCCUGGGCCGGGCUGGGAAGACCUGCGCGGUAGGUGGGGGCAGGCAGGGGUAGCCGUGGGGGUCCAAAGGGCAAUCCCGGCGGCAGCGCUGCGGAGAUGCGCGGGAGCCGCCCACAGACUCCUGAUGGAGUCUUGCAGAGCGCCCAAGGACAGGUGCAGGGCUUCCCUCCUCUUCCCCACUUCCCGCCCGCACACAGAUGGGGGCCCGUAAAACAGUACCAGGCACCACCAACUCCUGUGCGUGGCGCCCGCCCUUAGUCCAGCCGGAUUAGGGGGUUGUCUGCUGGGUAAAGGAUUUCUGGGCUAGCCUUCUCCCCUUUCCCCACACUGGGCCCCAUCCCUGCCUAGGUUGGCCCUUCUACACAGACCUGCAUCCAGAGAUUCCUGUGAGCAGCAGCGCCCUGAGUCCCGAGGAGGAGGCCAAGAAGGUUCUCCAUCUGAGGCCUGAUUGCUGGAGGCUAGUGGGCAAGGCCUGGAGCCCUGGGUCAGCCUUUGUGCUUGGGGAAAUGGACCCCAGGGGCCCAGAGAAUGCUCCCAUCUUUCUGGGGGUUCAUACACAUCCUGGACACCUGGGAACUGCUUCUGCCUGGGCCAAAGCUUUUUCAUUAAAACUAUUGCUGUGCUUAAGUUUCCACACCUCAUCUCUAUUAAUUUAUAUAAUUACGUGAGUUACAAUUUAGAAUAAGAUUUAAGCAAACAACAAAGACAUGUGACACCUCUUCUCAUGACUCCAGCCUGUGGGGAGACUGGUGGACAGGUAGGGGCUGGGCGGGGGGCUCACCCUUUGCCCUGCUGUCCCUGGCUCCAGAAGAGCUAGACUUCUCCACUGGGUUCCCACCUUUAAAAUGGGGCUUUUGCCGGGAGCUAGACCCAGGCCUUCCAUCUCUCCAGGGUCACCGCUGCAGUAUGGCCCUGCACAUUCUUGGAAGUCACUGCCCACAGAACCCAGUUGGGCAGCUGCACUAGAAACCCAGUUGGUGGCCCAGGGCCCCUCUCUCACACCCCAGCCCUCCUGGGGACCCCACUUACCCCCAAAGACAGGGAUGUCCUUCCGAAAACCAGCAUGGGGAGCACAGCUGUGGCCCCUGGACUGCCUUUCCUAUUGCUUUCUGCAUCCCCACCCUCUUAAUUCCCUGAGAAAAAGCCACAAUUCUAGCUAAGUUGCUCCACCCCUCAGGAGGGCAGGGGCUGGACAGAGCUGUGCCUUCAACUUCCCGAGGCCAGUGGCUCCUCUGAGGCCAGCUCUACCCAUAUCCCCACCGAGUCCAACAGGUGAAACCUAGGAAGGGGACAGAGCAUGAGACCAGGGGACUGGAGUGAACCUCAGAUGGAGACAGGGACACUGGCAUUGUGGGGUGCCUUGUCCUGGGGGCACAAAAGGGACCUUGGCUCUGGGCGUCAUGCCUGCCCCACAGGGUGAAGCGUCUGUGUGGUCGGGGAGUGCAUGCCCUGUGCCUCCUCUCCCCCUGCCCACGCUGGGGUAACAGCUGGAACUGCUGCCCACAGAUUCCCAGCCCAGUUGUAGUGCCUCACCAGGGGGCAGGGAGGACAUGAGGGGCUGGCCACAAGCAGGAGCAGGAAGCCCUUCAGCACAGGGCAGAGUGGGAUGGGACGUGGGUUGUGGGGCUGGGGUGGUUCUCCCCACCACAGCCACAUCCUGGGACCAGACUGAGGAGACCAGGAAUUCCAACACCGAAACUGAUGUCCUAGAAAUUUAUGAAACGGUUUUUGUCAGGACAGGAGAUGAAAACAUUUUAUCUGUUUCUUAAUCUGAUUUGUAACUUUUUGAAAAUUAGAGGUAUGGUGUGGGCCUCACCUGUGCUCACUCUUGUGCCGGCUCCCAAAUGUUAGGGCCAGGUCUGCUCACUGUGUUUCAGGAGCAGCCUACCCCCAGCGGCCCGUGGGAGGCCGCAGCUUUGUGGUCCGCAGUGGGUCUCUCGGGAGAUGGCCCCGGGGGUUCCCGCGUUGCUGCUGCUGCUGCUGCUGCUGCUGCCGCCGCCGCCACCCGGGCUCCCGCCCCGCGCCGCCGGCUGCCCAGCAGCCUGUCGCUGCUACAGCACCACGGUGGAGUGCGGCGCCCUGCGGCUGCGCGCUGUCCCACCUGGAAUCCCGCCGGGCACGCAGACGCUGUUCCUGCAGGACAACAGCAUCGCGCGUCUGGAGUCUGGCGCCCUAGCGCCUCUCGCCAACCUGCGCCAUCUCUACCUGCCCAACAACAGCCUGCGCACCCUGGAGCCCGACACCUUCCGCGCGCAGUCGCGAUUGCUGGAGCUUGCGCUCACUGGCAACCGGCUGCGCGGCUUGCGCGGCGGUUCCUUUGCCGGUCUGGCCCAGCUGCGAGUGCUCUACCUGGCGGGCAACCAGCUGGCGCGACUGCUGGAUUUCACCUUCCGGCACCUGCCCCGCCUGCAGGAGCUGCACCUGCAAGAAAACAGCAUUGAGCUGCUGGAGGACGAGGCCCUGGUCGGGCUGUCCUCGCUGGCCUUGCUGGACCUCAGGAGGAACCAGCUGGGCACCAUCAGCCGCGAGGCCCUGCUGCCCCUGGCCAGCCUCCAGGUCCUGCGUCUCACAGAGAACCCAUGGCGCUGUGACUGUGCCCUGCACUGGUUGGGCACCUGGAUCAAGGAGGGGGGCCAGCGGCUGCUCAGCUCCAGGGAUAAGAAGAUAGUGUGCGCAGAGCCCCCUCGCCUGGCACUUCAGAGUCUCGUGGACGUAUCUGGCAGUAGCCUCAUCUGCAUCCCGCCCUCCGUGCACGUGGAUCCGCUGGAGAUCACAGCCAAUCUGGGUGAGGACCUGCGGGUGGCCUGCCAGGCUUCUGGCUACCCGCAGCCCCUGGUCACCUGGAGAAAGGUCAGCCAGCCUCGCGAGCGGCGGCCUCAGGCCCAGGCCCAGGCCGACGGCGGGGCGCCGGGCCUGGGCGGGCAUGGAGCCCCGGACACGGGCAGCGGCAUGCUCUUCCUCACUAACAUCACCUUGGCACACGCGGGCAAGUACGAGUGCGAGGCCUCCAACGCCGGCGGCGCCGCCCGCGUACCUUUCCAGCUCCUGGUCAACCUGUCUCAGCAACAGCGGCUGCCGGCGCCCCCGCCGCCCCCGGCCGCCGGCCCGGUCAGCCACGAGCCCCUGUACGAGGCGGGCAGCAUGGCCUUCCGCGCCCUGAGCCUGGCCACGCAGACGGCCAUCGCGGCGGGCAUCGCGCUGCUCGCGCUCACGGCGUUGCUGCUGGCGGCCAUGAUCUGCCGCAGGCGGCGCAAGCGGAAAAAGGCGGCGGGGCCGCCGGGGGAGAGCGUGCUCUUCGUCAACGACUAUUCGGACGGGCCCUGCACCUUCGCCCAGCUCGAGGAGCUCCGUGACGAGCGGGGCCACGAGAUGUUCGUCAUCGACCGCUCCAAGCCCCUCUUCACCGAAGGGCCGGUAGCAGAGGCGCUUCCAGACCGCGCCUCCACCGAGGGCGCCGCGCCGGGCUCUGCCCAGGGCCUCCUGUUCCCGCCGCCGGUGGCCUACGAGAUCCGCUGCUGAGGCGGCGGGCGGGCGGGCGCGCGCUGAUGACGUGGCCGGCAGUCCCCGCGGAUUGGCCGACCCAACCUCGCGCAUGCUCCGGCGCGCGAG